GGUCUCCUGGAUCGGCGGCCGCGCUCGUCUCCGAUCUUGCUCUUGGUCAAUCCAGAUCGCCUCUCCCAGACUCCAAUCCAGUCGAGCAUCGCAUCCACGAUGGGAGCAAAGCAGCACCUCGAGAACCACUCUUUUCUGGCCCAGCUCAACACACACUUUGGCAGGACAAAGUCGUCUGGGACGGUUUUCUUGACCAUGAAGCGAUAUACCUAUGACAAGAAGAAGGAGCAGGCUGGCCAGAGCGCCAAGGAUGUUGCUGAGGCCGACUCCUCAGUCGAGUAUCCGAGCAUAGUCCGGGCCGUCAUUGGCAAGGCCAAAAUAAGCACAAUUGUCCAUCCAAGCGACACCGACAAGUUCCUCGAGUCCUACACACACAUCAUCCGGGCCAACAUGGAUGCCCUGAAAAAGAAGGAACGGCCAAAGAAGCAAAAGAAGCAACCCAAAGCUGAAUAAAUAUAGCGUCUCUGACCGUCCCACUCGUUGACUGGACUGUUGCAGACGCCUGUCCCUGCAGCGUCAUCAUGCUCCCUUGGUUGGGAUCGCACGGGAACGAUCCAAAGUUGCUGCAUCGCUUGGGUGGGGGCGGGACUGCAGCUCGCAAGCCACAUGAAUCUAUAAUACAGGCAUUCAAGUCCGCAGUUAUGAGACAGCCGAGUAGCAGACAGUUGUCGACCCACCAUCCACCACUACCCGC